CGCGCCUUCCCGGCGACUGGCUGCCCCCUUUUCCCCUCCCACAACCUCCAAAGGCGUGUCAGCGCCGUCAGAUCUUAAAACUAGGUAUUUAAACAAACGAAAAGUAUGGGAAUGCCUCAGCUGACAGGCGCAAAAUUAAAAUAUCGGAUGUGAGAGGAGUUGCGGCCGGAGGGCGUGUGGUGAUCGUAGGUUUAACUCAGCGGAAGGUUCCGCCGACCGUUGAGUCCCCCGGGGCCUGGUGUCGGCCGACAGGUGGGGGCGAGAGUGCCAUCGCAUUGUCCCAGAACGCAGCAACGCGGCCUGGCCUCCUCUGCCUCCUUUCUCCCCUUCCCCCGGAGAACUUCAGGGGAUCUCGCUCGGGUUUCUCUUCCCCGCCGCCGCCAACCUCUGCUUCCUUGGGGCCCAGAUGACUUGCGGCUUCAGGUCAAGUUUCUCUUCCUUUUGUGAAAGGGCUGUAGACUUACACUUCAAUCGAUGAACGUUAAGGGAGAAAAAAUACGGUGGAUUGACAUUGAAGCAUCCGGUGUGUGGCUGCCGACCUCCCUCAGAAUAUUCAUCAUGCCAUCGUCCAUCUUCCGCUCGGAGUCCAGUCACCUGUGAGAGAGAGAAAAAAAAAUCCUUAAGGCGUUUUCACAAAGAGAAAGUUCCUCGUUAGGAUCUCCGUCCCAGUAGUUUCCCUGCCUGUGAUCGCUGGAGUGGCCCGUUUAUUCAUUAUUUAUUUGAUUGAUUGACUGUAAGUGACUCGUAGUUUGGCCUUGCGAUGAAUAACCUGUCUCUGAGCGAGCUGUGUUGCCUCUUCUGUUGCCCACCCUGCCCCGGUCGCAUCGCUUCCAAACUGGCUUUCCUGCCCCCGGAGCCCACUUAUGCUCUAUUGCCCGACGAGUCCGGGGGCCGCUGGAGCUUGCACCUGGCCGAGCGGGCGGACUGGCAAUACUCCCAGCGGGAGAAGGACUCUAUCGAGGCCUUCAUGACCAGGACCAGCCGGGGAAACCGCAUCGCUUGCAUGUUUAUCCGUUGCUCCCCCAGCGCCAAAUUUACGCUACUUUUCUCGCAUGGCAAUGCCGUGGAUCUGGGUCAGAUGAGCAGCUUCUAUAUCGGCCUGGGUUCCAGGAUCAACUGUAACGUAUUCUCCUACGACUACUCGGGCUAUGGGGCCAGCUCCGGGAAGCCUUCUGAGAAAAACCUCUAUGCAGACGUCGAUGCGGCUUGGCAAGCCCUUAGGACCAGGUAUGGAAUUCGUCCAGAGAAUGUGAUCCUGUAUGGUCAGAGUAUAGGCACGGUACCCACAGUAGAUCUGGCUGCUCAGUAUGAAUGUGCUGCAGUUAUCCUUCAUUCACCCUUGAUGUCUGGAAUGCGUGUAGCCUUCCCUGAUACAAAGAAGACCUACUGUUUUGAUGCAUUUCCUAACAUCGACAAGAUUUCAAAAAUAGCCUCCCCAGUGCUGAUCAUUCACGGAACUGAAGAUGAAGUCAUCGAUUUUUCACAUGGGUUGGCAUUGUACGAGCAAUGCCAAAGGCCAGUGGAACCCCUGUGGGUGGAAGGAGCUGGCCACAAUGACGUUGAGCUUUAUGGACAGUACCUUGAAAGACUGAAGCAGUUUGUUUCUCAAGAACUGACAAGUUCCUAAAUGAAAAUUUAAUAUGCAAGGGCAUUAUAUUUUGUUUGUUUUUUAGUUAGAAGAUGCUUUCCACUUUGCAUAUGCAAUUUUAAUAAUUCAAACUGAUAUAACUACUGAGAAAAACAUUGAAGGGUUUUGUUUGCAAAUCAUGUGGUACCCAUGGGGUUCUUAAAGAUUUUCAAGCAUAAUGUUGAUAAUUAAUGCUAGUGUUGAAAAUAAAACUGGAGUAAAGCAUCCGUUUGACAAAUUAUUUUAGGGAUACCCAUGAUAAGGAAGUUAACCAUAUUUUCCUUUUAUUCUGUUGUUUGAAUACAUUGAUGAUGUAUUGGAUGAAAUGUUUCUUAAGUUGUUAUGCACAUAUUUAAUUCUUGAUUUGUAUGUUUUGCCAAAUGAAUUAGCAUGUCAAUAAGGAAGAGAAAUUGCUUCACUAGGCCAUCUGGAAUGCAUCUUUGUAAAUCAACUAGAUGUUCAGAAUAACCAGAAAACUGUGCGUGUUGGGAGUUUGAAAUUAUAAACAAAAGGUUGGAAACAAUAUGCGGAUCAUGCAGCAUCCGCGGAGAGUUGGUGAUCUUCUGUCAGACCUGAUUUUCACUGUGCAAUGUAAAAUCCUUAAUCAAUUCAAGAUGUAAAUUGACCAUUGUUACAAAUUUGUUCAAUGCUUGAAUCAUGUGUUCAGUGGCAAGUUUCCAUGGGAAGUAGCUCGGUGGAUUAUGAGUUGCUGAGUUCUGCCUCCUGCUUGCAGGAUUGAAGAGAGCCAGUAUUCCUUGUCUGUUGCACAAAGUUUGUGCAAUUUGCAUGGCAUUGAGCAGGUCUGUAUCAAUCAGAUAUUACCCUCAUCAUUUCUUGGAAAACUAACCUUAAAGUAGUGUUUAAAAUUUCUCAUUUUGUUUCUAAACCUGAGUGCACAGAGAUUUAUUUUUGUUUUAUUUUGUUGUGCAUAAUUUUCACAGACUGGCUGCUCAAGUCCUGAGGUUUUGGUUUUGCUGAUUGUAUGAACAAACUCGAGUUUCAGAUUACACAUUAUGUACUUUUUUCGUAAAUUAAAGGAAGGUGGGAAGUCUUCCCUUGUUAAAGCAUGUUAUGAAGACCUCUAGUAAUGAAAUAAUGUUUAUUUUUUACUUUUUUUAAUAGGGAGUGGGAAUAUUGAUCUAUGGGAGUGAGGGGUGGGAUCAGUUAUCAGUUUAAUUAUGUAGUGAAUAAUUUUAAAGGGUAAUAACUGACACUACCAAUGCAUUGUUUUUAGGUGUAUUUCCCAAUAGAAAAAAUAACACAUGCAACACUAACCACUAUAGGUAAUGUAGAGUGAAUGCAUUUACAAGGGCAAUUGAAAAGUCUAUUUCUUUUAAGGGAGGAAACACGUUUUAAAGUUAUGGUACUCAAGUAGCCUUACAAUUUUUUUUAAUGUGAAUGUGUAAAUGCUUGAAAUUCUCAGAAUUUAUAUGCUCAUGUAUGACCCCAUGUUUCUGUAUAUUAUGACAAAAUGCUACUUAGUGGUCAACUGUGAAUAUUGCCUGUGAAUUAAAUGUACAAGUCCAAUUUAUACAUUUACUGUCAAAUAAGGAGUGGCAAGCAGGCAUUGCCAGCGUUAAUGCAAUACCUUUGUUCUGGUUGCUUUAUAUUUCAGAGAUCAGUACUUCAGGAGCCAACCUUUGCUGGGAAUUCAUUUUUAAAGACCAAAUUUAAAAUCUGACAGAAAUUAUAUCUUUCAGAAGUCUUGUAAACUGCAAAUGACAUCCAUCUGUAUUCUUUUACCUUGCCUUGUUGCUUACUCAUUGCCUGAAAAUACAUGCAGUAUUCAUUCUUUAAACUGCUCCCUCCCCACACCAUCCCUGCAAAGUACUGGUGGGAUGGGAUUAACUUUGAUUUCAUAGUGAACAUUGUACUUGUUCCCACUUAUGAAUUUGUUGAAAUUAAAGACCUCUACAAACAGCUGAGUAACCUAGCUGUGAUAAAUCAGUAUUUGCUCCUUUCUAGCAAGUCUGAAAGGAAAGCAUUUGAACUCUUCGUUUUCAAAUCCCAUUUUACAGGAUUCAGUACAAACUGACCUGCCCAAAUAACAGCAGAAAUUCCUGAAGGAUAUACUUAGGGCCAUAGGAUUAUCGAUUGCCCUGUUAGUUGUCAAAUUGGAAAGAGGAAAGCAAUUGUGUUCAUCCUGUAGAAGGUUGAAAGUAAUUAUGAUCCAUGUAUUGUUAACUGUUCUGUCCUUCCAAGUAAUUGGGUAUUGCUCAUUCCAUACACCAUUGGUUAUAAUCUAAAGUUUACAAAUCUCAUUAGAUGGAUUGUAAUUACCAUUCUCCAGCUUUUCCUUUUCCAAGAUUUAUUGGGAUGCAACAGAGGUUAGCAGGAAAACGAGAACAAUGGCUCACAGACGGUUAUUCAGGUGGGCAGAUAACUCGACCGGCUGGGAAGUAACACAUGACCAGUCUGAACAGAUGGGUGCCAUAUAUUCAAACACUGCAAAAUCUUGUGUAAUCUGUAUUUCAUGUAAAACACUUUAAAUGUGUGUUACUGAAGUGGCCUGUGGCAAGAUGAAACUUUCUAGUACUUUUUACCAUCCUGACUACUGAGCAAAUUGAAACUACCUGUACCUGUUCUGUGUUUUGCUUAUUUUCUGUUCUACCUGAUGCAGGCAGGUUGGUAUUUUUAUUAUAGUUGAAUUAAACUUUGAUUUAAAAUGU